AUGCCCUCCUCGCAUCUGCUUGCAGUCAUCACAGCCGACUUGUCCAAGACACAGGACCAAAGUCAAGGCCUGCGCGCGGCGCUCAGUGAAAGGAGUGUAACACUGACAGCUGAGACUGUCACGACGGCGAUGGCUCUGUGCACUAAUGAUGUGUGCAAUGGAAAUAUGCAGACAUGGAGGACUCAUCUUGGUGGGGUAAUGCGUCUUUUGGGUGCCUUUUUGGAUAGCCAAGGAACACUGCCCAUUGCUGAUCCUUACAUUCAGUGUUUGGUCAAAUGGUUCACAACAAUGGAUGUUCUUGCGGGACUAUCCGGAUUCAGCACUAGUGCUGUGAUGAGCUCCAAUACUGGGCUACUUGAUAGGUCUUUUGAUCUGUUGAACUGGAAUGUCGACGAUAUAUGUGGAUACUCCUUGAGGUUGGCUCCCCUGCUCGCGAGGCUGUCCCAAUUGGUGCAACGCCAAUAUCACACUGAGGCUGGAAUGCAAGAAGACAUUUUGGCAGAAACGCGGAGACUUGAGAUUGAGAUUAUCUCCCUUGUUGAGUGCAGUGUUUCUGGUGGAGACUCCUUUGAGCUACAGAGUACACAUCUUGCCUUUGUACACUCUGCUUUAUUACACCUCCACCGGCGAGUCCAAUCACUCCCAAGAAACCACGAGACAGUGAAAGAGGACAUCGAAAAAAUCUUAACCGCAGUGGAACACAUCCCGCCAUUUUCUUCUGCGAAUAUAUUGAUUCUUUGGCCCAUGUUCAGUGUUGGCUGUGAAACCGAUCAUAUCAAGCAACGUGAAUUUAUCCACAACCGAAUGGGCGACAUGCAAAGUCUUGGAAUGGGAAACUUUACAAGAGCACGAGAGCUGCUGAGCAAGUUUUGGGCAUCAGAAACAUCCUUGUCCUGGGACGUCUAUUUUGCGAAUCUUGGAUUGGAAUUGGUUCUAUUCUAG